GUUGUUUGGUAACAGUAGAUUUAUCAAUCUGUCAUAAAAUAAAAAUUUAAAAAUGCGUUCGGUUGAAGUGAUGCACAAAAAAAAGCGAAGAAUAACUUUUAUCGAUCAUAAUGAAUACCGCCAGCAGAUCCUGAAUCGCCUCGUGGAGUUAUCCUUCCAUGUAAUUUGGGAAUGGCUGAUCGAAGUGGUGAUAGUGAUCUCAAUAUUUAACGCCAUUUACGUGACGUUCUUCGACCCGGACGAGUCCAAUCUGUUCAUGUACUAUUACUGCCUGGAGGCUGUCUUCCUCUACGACACCUUUAUCGGAUAUAUCCAUAGAUUUCACGUGCGAAUGUUUUCGCUGCAGCCGCCGCGCGGCGUCAUAAUCCUCUUACUAGACACAUUAUCCUUGGCUCCGAUCUACGAAUUCUGUUAUAUAGCUUUGCCGGAGUAUGCUACGCCGACUCUUCAGAAAUUCCAACAAUUGAAAACCAUAUUACGCAGUGUCCAUCUGAUCACAACCCUCUUCGUGGAACGUUUCGUCUCUGCCAAGAUGCACAUAGCAGUAAUAAAGCUAACCCAUUUAUUCCUCCUGCUCCUGGUAAAUUUAAUACUCGCUUGCUGGUGGUCAUACGAAGGUCGUUGUUGGCCCAACUGCGAGAAACCCAACUGGUCCGAUUCAUUGGUCUACCUGACUAGGCUGUCUCCCGAAAACCCACUCAUCUGGUUCCUCACGUGUUUCACAAGCAUCGGUGAUAAACUCAUACACGGCUCGCCUGGGUUCCUCAUCGAUCAGAACGACACCGAGACGUGCAUCAUUCUCACUGCGCUGAGUCUUGGCUUUGCGAUGCAUACUUUCUUUGGAGUUGCCCAUGUCUUCAAUACUUAUGUGGAUGUACUAAGAACACGGUACAACUAUAAACUACACCUGAGCAAAUUGCAUUUUUUGUUUGAUUCAUGUGCUAAGAAUCAGGAGAAUAGUAAACUUAAAUUGAGGACUUUGGAGUAUUAUCAUUUGCUGUGGAAGAAGAGGAAGGGAUUAUUUUUACUGAGGAGUUGAUUCGUGAUUUGCCAAUGAUUUUAGUGAAAGAAGUCCUGGUUGAUGUCUUCCAUGAAGCUCUUAUCCACUCUCACCUCUUCAAAAAUUUAUCCUUCUCGAUGAAGAAAGAGCUCUGUACUUGCAUGUACACUGAAUUCCUACUUCCCGGUGACGCCAUGUUUUCCGGCCAGAACUACGCCGCAAUGUUUUACCUCCAUUCCGGAGUAAUCAACGUUGUCUCCCAGGAAGACAACAUAACCCCAAUUCUAACCCUCACAGCUGGUACUCUUCUUGGAGAAGCAUCACUCUGUAUGAUUCACAAUGUCUGCGCACGUAUCUACUGCGCUACUGAAUGCGAAAUAAAACUUCUCCCCUUGGCGUCGUACAAUCGCCUGGCGUCCAAGUAUCAUCAUCAAUUUGUUGAUGUUCAGCAGGAAAUUCACAAACGUAUCAAUAUUGCACGUAAGAGAAAACAAGCCAAUACGUCAACGAUGCCUUUGAAGCGCUUGAAAAAACAAUGGCGGUGUAUAUCCGCACUGCACUCGUACCAAAUCAAACAUGGUUAUGCUGAGCGGAGUUUGUGGGAGGAGUUGGAUAAGGGUUUUUAUUCUAAAUAUUUGGAUUUGAUCGUGUUGGCGGAUCGGCCGACGGCUGGUCAGAAGGUGAUUUGCCUCAAUUCCAAAUGUCCGUAUGUCAUGGAUCCAAAUACGAGCUUUCGAAGGUUUUUUGCUUAUAUUCACCUGGCUGUAGUUGUCAUUCAUACUAUAUAUCUGCCAUACUAUUACAUAUUUUGGGGUUAUAUUCCAAAACAUUGGUUUUUGAUCAAUUUAAUCUUGGAUUUGGUGUUUUUCUUGAUAUUUAUUUACAAUCCAUAUCACUGGUUAUUGAUGACGAUGUUGAAAUAAUCACAACUAAAAAAUUGCUGAUGUAUAAGUGUAAACAAAUGCGUUUUCUUGUUGAUUUAAUGUCAGCAUUUCCGUAUGAUUAUUUUGGAUUGAUUUGGAAGUAUUCAGAUGAAUUAUAUUUUUAUAUGCGAGUACCAAAACUUAUUCAAUGGUACAAAAUAAUUGAAUUAAUAAUGCAUUUAGAAGACAACGUCAUCAACAAAUCCUACCUGAUUCUAUCAAUUAAAUAUUGUAUUAUUUAUUUUACGGUAUUUUACUUAUCGACAUGUUAUCAUUAUUUGUUUUUCAAUUUUGGUCAAUAUGGUGUUGAUCCUACAGCUGGUGACUGGCCACUUACUGCAUCUCCGAUUUUGAGUUGCAUUCAAUAUAAUCUGAAUGCCCUAUUUUUAUUUGGACUGUAUGAAAGGAUGCCUACAUGCAUA